UGCUUCCUCUACAGUGCUGCAGUAAAGUUGGCCGCGCCUGCGCACUCUCGGUCCUCUUUUUCUUGGAAGCGCCCCUGACCCAUCGCACCAUGGCAGAUCCCGAUCUUGACUUCCAGACUGGCGAGUCUGGCGCCUCCGCCACCUACCCCAUGCAGUGCUCCGCCCUGCGUAAGAACGGCUACGUGGUGCUGAAGGGACGUCCCUGCAAAAUCGUGGAGAUGUCCACUUCCAAGACCGGCAAGCACGGACAUGCCAAGGUUAACCUGGUUGGUAUCGAUAUCUUCACCAACAAGAAGUAUGAAGAUAUGUGCCCCUCCACCCACAACAUGGAUGUUCCCUCCAUCAAGAGGAUAGACUAUCAGCUGGUUAACAUCAACGAAAACUACAUGUCCUUGAUGAGCGACAACGGAGACAUCAGAGAGGACCUCCGCGUCCCCGAGAACGACAUCGGCAAGGAGAUCGAGGCAAAGUUCGAGGCGGGCGACGAGUUCAUGGUCACCGUGAUUUCUGCCAUGGGGGAGGAAUGUGCCGUCGCCACCAAGGUCUUGGCCAACAAAUAGGAGAUGGACUUUGCUGCCCAGGCAACAAGCACCACCCACAACCAGUCUCUUGCAUUCUCAUUGGUUCUGUCACCAAAGCGUCGGCCUUCACAGACAACCUCAAAUCAUUCUGUUGUGAUUUCUCUCAUCAUUGAUCUUUUAUUUUAUUUUAUUUGACCCCCCUUUUGGUUUCUCUUUUCCAUUGCUGUUGGGAAUGUUCCACCGCGGCUCGCUGCGUGGUUCUCUGCCUGAUCACUGAGGUUCUGUUUGGUAACAAUCUACUUUAUAUAAAAACGACUUCAAAAAAUAACCGUCGGUUGCUCAUUCCUGCUUAUUUUUGCCUUCAACGUGUUGGUUUCGCCACUCACAUUCCUGAAUGUUGAAAUAACACCGGGAUUCAGCUUUUGUAUGAUUAUUUUUUUAUAUUCUUUAGAUUGAAUAUAGCAGGUCUAAAGCCUUUUAGAGGGGAGGGUAGGGGGCAGUUUUUGAGUUGUUCAAGCAGCGGGAGGGAGGGUUUAUCCCCUGCAGAUACUGAAUUCUGGUUUAGGUCGUCCCUCUAGCAGCCAUACAGCUUUCCAGCAUGGCCUUUCCUCUGGUUCCCGAGUGGAUUUGGUGCGACGAGGUCCCUUUUAUUUCCUCCUAACCGCUGGGAUUGGUGGCGGCGGCGGCUAGCACUUAGGAGCACGUGAGGGCCACCCCAGCAUGUCGAAGCUCUAAAACCCAAGAAAAGAGAAACUUUUUUUCCCCUCCCCUCUUUUUUUUCUCCCCCCCACUUUCAAGAAGAACAGAAACAACCGUCAGUGAUUUUACCCUCGUGAUGCCAGUCUCUUGUCUGUAGAAGUUGGAGGGGCGUCGAGGGUCCUCUCGCCCCGCUGGACGCCCCGGCCAUCAUCCCCCAAAACUAAAGGAGAGUUCUUGUUUCGUUUUUGAGAGAGUGUGUAGCGGUGUGGGGCCUCCGAAAUGUGGGAGGCGGUUUGCAGUGAGGUGUGUGUUUCUUUUUCGAGGGACUCGAUCGGGUUGGGGAGGGUGGUAGAGUUGCAAACUUUUUUGUUCACUCGAGGCCUUUGUCACCUGACUGGAGAUGGCAAAAUAAAACGAUGAAACAAAUGGACAAAAAUUGCAAA